UCACGUUGUGUGAACGGGGAUUGGUUUGAAAAAAUCUGUAGGAAAGUGCUUCCUGUUUCUAUAAAUAAUCCCUGCCCAAUGCUAAUUACCAACACUCCCACCAUAGCAUACUGUUCCAAACCCCACCGCAACCCAUUGUCUAUAUUAAUUAUCAUCUUCGUCUUCCUCUUCUCCCACUCCUCUCUUCUCCUCAUAAACUGUAGCCAUAGAACUUGCAGACACUAUUUUUUCUUUCCUUCUACAGUUAGGAAGAGGGACCAGUUUUUUUCCAGUGACCUUCUUCGUAUAUAUUUUCCUUUUUUUUUUUCACAUCGGUUGCAUAACCCUCCUCUUUUGGCUUGCCAGUCUUCCGGUAAAACGACGCUGGAGAUUAAGGUUUGGCCAAAACCAUGGACGGAAUGCAAGAAAGAAACUCACAGCUUGGAACUGAUAUUGGGUCCUCCUUAUCAAAGCUAAUAUUAACCAGUGGCUCAAAUACCCUGGACUCAAUCUUCUCAGAUUGUCCCCCAACAAACGCCGCCAGUAGCAACUCCGUGUUGGACUAUUUAGAACCCUUUGGAUCUUCCGGGUUUGAGCCUUUGGGCUCUUCCGUCUACCUUCGCCAGAGGGACAUCCUCCAAAAGUUCUACCAAGAAAGCCGGGGGAACGGGAACGGGAACGGGAACGGCAACGGAUCUCUUCUUCCCACUUCCUUGGCAAACCCGUCUAUAAAUUCUCUUUACACUGCUUCGUUGACUUCUUCUUUGACCAACCCUUCCAAGAAAAAGCUCUACAGGGGAGUGAGACAGAGACACUGGGGCAAAUGGGUCGCCGAAAUUAGACUUCCCCAGAACAGGAUGAGAGUGUGGUUGGGCACCUACGACACCGCCGAAGCAGCCGCCUACGCCUACGACCGCGCCGCGUAUAAGCUACGUGGAGAGUACGCGCGUUUGAAUUUCCCCAAUUUGAAGGACCCGACCAAGCUGGGGUUCGGAGAUUCCGCCAGAUUGAACGCCUUGAAGAGCUCCGUCGACGCCAAAAUCCAGGCCAUAUGUCAGAAGGUGAAAAGGGAGAGAGCCAAAAAGAUCGCCGCCAAGAAGCUCAGUUCUGCCACCGCUCACGCAACCCGCAAGGAGAGCGAGAAGAUCAAUUCCUCCGCUUCCUCGUCGUCGUCGUCGCUGCCGCUGUCGCCGCCGUCGAUUUUUUGCGAUAAUUGGGCGAACGAGUUGUUUUCGCCGAGCGUUUCGGAGGAUGGGAUUUGGAAGGGGGAGAACUCGCCGACCACGGUUUCGACGGAGUGUCAAAUGAUGGUAACAGACGAGACGGAGUUCGAAGGUUGUUCUCUGGCGAGGUUGCCUUCUUUCGAUCCCGAGUUGAUUUGGGAAGUUCUGGCCGUUUGAUAGAAUGUUUCUUAGGUGAUGUGCAUAAUAUGAAAACGAAAAUAUCAGUGUUGUGUGGUUUUGUUUUGGUUUUUGUGUGGUGAGAGAGCGGUUUCUUAGCAUUUUGAGUGGAAUUGCUAUGGCUGCCGUUUGGGCCUUGGUUUUUUGCUCAAAGGCUCGCUUGAGGAGUUUUCCUUUUGCAGUUGUUGUGAUACAGAUCUCCCUGCAUUAUAAAUUUUCCUAUCACUGCAA